UUAUCUUCUCGUCUUCCCCCUCCUCCUCCUCCUCGCCGACUUGAAGAAUUCACGCAGGUUUGCUUCUUAUCCCGUCGAUCUCUUCCUCCUCUGUUCUCUUGUUCGGCUUCUCCUCGGCCUAUGGCGCAGUGUGUCGAAGCGAGCUUUUGAUGUGCACAACCACACCGAAGCAUCGCGCAGUGUAAGAGAGUGAGAGGCCGGGAGAUAGAUCUACACAUCCAUGGCGGCUAACAAGUUUGCGGCUUCCUUGCCCCGAAACACUCAUAAGCUGGCGGUCAUACUGGUGUACGCCGUUCUGGAAUGGACGCUGAUCGCGCUUCUCCUCAUCAACGGCCUAUUUGCCUAUCUCAUCGGACGAUUCGCCGCCUACUUCGGUCUCCAGCCCCCCUGCGUCUUCUGUUCGCGGGUGGACCAUCUCUUCGAGAGUGCGGACGACGGGCGCCGCUGGAGGCAGGGGAGCGCCUGCCGCGACCUAGUGUGCCCGGACCAUGCUGCUGAGGUUUCCGGGUUAGGGUACUGCGAUCGUCACCGGAGGCUGGCGGAGGUCGGGGAGAUGUGCGAGGAUUGCUGCCCGACGUCGUCGAGGCCGGCCGGCGCGCCGGCCUUGAUGGCGUGGAUGAAGAGGAGCGAGGAGGGGGAGAAGGAUCUGCGAUGCUCGUGUUGUGGUGUCGUCCUGGAGAGUGGGUUCUUUUCUCCCUACUUCGUCUCCAAGCAGUCUUGGGGACUAACGGAGUAUGAGCAGACGGGGAACGUGGUCGACCAUUUGGAAGUCGAUGGUCCAAAUGCCCUUGAGAAAGACAUCGCCUUGGGCGAGGAAAAGUUGGAGGAAGUAGUUGAUUCCAGCCAAGCUGAAAUAUUUCCAGGAGAAGAAGAGGAGGAAAAGAAGGAGGAUGAGGACGGGGAGCACGCCACUGCUGCUAUCGUGGAGGAAGAAGAAGAAGAAGAAUUUUCUCUUAUCCUUGAUGCCUGUCAUUUGGUGGAGGACGCAUCCAUUCAAGUCCUCACUUCCAUUCCGGGUCACAUAUGUGCCAUGGAGGAUCGAUUGGUCCCGAUUGAACUGAUUGACUCUAUGACAGAGAUUCCGACUGUAUUGGUUUCUGAACUCGACGAAGUGAAGCAAGCGGCAGGGUCUAUUAUUCACAGCAUUGUAGAGAAGGAAUUGGGUUCUUCUGAGGUACAAAGAGCUCAACAACAUGGCAUUCCAGAGGAGGAGAACGCAUUAGUAGCAUCCAAAAAAAUGGAUGAAACUGUUGAAGAGAAAGAAUGUUCCAUGACUGAAGGCCCGACCACUGAAACAGAUGAUAUACUGGUCCAUAAUUCUGCAGUUCCUCAUCCUUCAGUGCUCCUUUCUGAUCAACAAGUCAUUGCUCCUCAGGCAACAUCAGUUGUUACACUUGAAGGACCUAGUGAGGAAGAUCUUUCUGGAACAAAAGAUACUAAUUCUGAUAUAUCAAUAGGAAGUGAGAUUUGUGACAAGGAACACAUUGAAAGUACCCUUACUUACAAACCAACAUUGGUUUCAGAAAGCACACAAGAUCAAGACUCAGUGGAGAAUGAUGAAAAGACUACCAUGGACCAAGAAACUGCAGCAAAUGAGAACACAAACCAUAUAUCUGAAUUUUUGGAAAACAAUGAAAUUGAAGAGGAUAGAACUCCUGAGACACCGACUUACUCUGAUGGUGUUCAAUAUAUGAGUAGGAGGUUCCUGAUUGGUAAAAGAGAAUCUGGGACAGAGUCCCUGGAUGGAAGUGUUGCCAGUGAGUUUGAAGGCUGUGAUACAAUGACUAUGGAUCAGCUUAAAGCUUCUCUACAAGCAGAACGAAAGGCCCUGACUGCAUUGUAUGCGGAACUUGAGGAAGAGAGAAGCGCUGCAGCCAUUGCUGCUAACCAAACUAUGGCUAUGAUAACCAGGCUUCAAGAAGAGAAAGCUGCUAUGCAAAUGGAAGCAUUGCAAUAUCAGCGGAUGAUGGAUGAACAAUCAGAGUAUGACCAGGAAGCUUUGCAGCUUCUGAAUGAGCUGAUGGUCAAGAGGGAGAAGGAAAACCAAGAGUUGGAGAAGGAGCUUGAAUUGUAUAGAAAGAAACUGCUGCAUUAUGAAACGAAGGAGAGGAGACAGAUGGGAUCCAAUAAGGUGAUUGGAAGGCAUGAAACACCUUCUGCUUCUUCAAGUGCUGAAGACAUAAUUGCUGACUUCUCGAUUGAAUCCCAUGAGAAGGAUGAGUUUGCAGAUACAUCUGAAGGAAACCAUCAAAAUACUCCUGCUGGUGACGUAUUAAGUUCAGGGACAGACCAAGCCACCAAAAUGCACCUAAAUGCCCUUAAGGAAUCAUUGGCUGAUUUUGAGGAAGAGAGACUGUCCAUUCUGGAGCAACUUAAGGAGUUGGAGAGGAAGCUUAUUACAAUGGAAGAUGAAGACCCUCAAGCUUCAGAAUCAAUGGGGCAUCAUAUUGAUGGUGUCCUACAUGAUUAUGAGAAUGGUUUUUCAGACAAUUCAGAAGACGGGAAGCAGAAUGGUGAACCAAAGAGUAUGGGUAGUAAAGGGAAGAGGCUUCUUCCUCUUUUUGAUGCAGUGAAUGAUGGGCAUGUAGAUGAUGCAAUUGAUGUGGCUCCUGAAGCACUUUCUCAUCGUGUAGAAGAUCGACAGAAGCUAGCAAUCAUGGAAGAGGUCGACUACCUUUAUGAGAGGCUAGAUGCUCUUCAGGGUGAUAGAGAGUUUGUAAAGCACUGUAUCAAUUCCUUGAAUAAAGGAGACAAAGGAAUUCAUCUUCUUCAAGAGAUUUUAGAAAAUCUUCGUGAUCUGCGGAAUGUGGAACUUCGAACAACAAACUCAUCUAAUGCUCUUGCUUUGUUGUCAACAUAACAUGCCCAAAUUGAAGAUGAAGGCUAUAAACUGGAGUUGAAGGUUUCAAAUUUGCUUGUGAUGGCCAUAAACAAUGAGCUCGAGUUAGUCAUACUCGUACCAGGUGAAAAUGGGCUCCUGGUACCAUAUUUUGGCGGUUGCGUAGACUGCGUAGAAGCAGUCUACUAAUGGCUUCCUGGGCGCAGUUUUUGUUUUUUUUUGUGGUGGGUUUUUUUUUCUUUAAAUUUGUUGUUGUUGGUAGUCCACUUCUCCUGUGGGGCAAGAGGGGUGUGUCAAGGAGGGAUGGUGGUUGGGUCUGAUUAUGGUAGAACUCAUGGCUUGAAAGCUGUAUUAUGUCAUAUAUUCCAAUGCCAGCUCCAGAUCCAGGUAUACAGUUAGAUUAAAAAGAUAAAGUAGGGUGAGUUGGGGCCCUUUCUUCUUAUUUUUCUUCCGCUUCUUUUCCAUAUAGAGGAGAGUGGUAGUUGUAUGAUGCAUUGAGUUUGGUUUGAAAUUUGUUUAUUAUGUUUUUUAUAUGCUUGGUUAUUACAGUAUGAUGCCUAUUGAUCUUUCAAUGCAGACAGCAAUGGUCCUUGAGCAUUUGUAAACUCAGCUUGUAUGUAAAUUAUUUAAUAGAUACUGCAGACUGUUUAUUGGUUGUA